UGAUCUCUCUUUCUUCUUUCUAACCUCUGACAUAUAAGAACCUUCAACUAUUCUUCCCCCACUUACUCACUGAACCGAUCCUACACAAGUCAUCUGAAUGCAUCUGAAUGGAAACUCUACUCGUCAAGGACGCCACAUCCUCUUCGGACAGACCCUUCUUAGUCCGAGAUUUGACCCUCACGACCCUCCUCCAUUCCAGAUGAGACCAACACUCCAAUUCUACCACCUUGGAGCACCAUUCACCACUUAGAUUUUCAGCCAGGCCAAUCAUCACCCAACACGCUCCAAUUCAUUAUCUCCAGACCGACUCACCUUUGCAACUCCCACGCCCAAUUCAUCAUCAACACUAUUACCUCAUUAUUCGAACCAACCACAUUCUUAUCUGUUCCUCUGAUUUCCCAAAAACACCAAUCAUCCAUCAACAACUCAUAACCACUCCUUUCUCCCCACACCCGUAACCACACCGCUACCCCAAUUCAUCAACCCAACAUCAUCUCCAACUGAUUUCCUCCCUACAAACAUCACGCACAUUCCCUGAUCCCUCCAACCCAACACUUAUCAUCUACAACAGACCCAUCAUUCAUCAUCUCCAGACCAAACUACGGCCAACUCCUUACCUCCCCAACGAUUUUUUUUAUCCCAAACUUCCCUCUCGCAGAGACGGUAACAUAACAACAUACUCUCAUUCUUCUACUCAAUUUCCAGUUAGCAAAAUUCACAAACCCAUUUUCCCAGGGGCCAAUUUCUCACCACCUACCUCAUCAUCCAGGCCUAUUCUUUGAUAUCGGCCUCAAUUUUCUUCCCUUUCUCGGAUAUCAUUUUUUACAUACCUUCAACCCCAUUUUGGCUGGCCACGUCUCAUUGCUCCAACUCGUCAUCCCCUCUAAUUGAAUUCGUCCUCCAUCAGCAACCAUCAUGCGCGACCUCGUGCUCCUGCCUCAUCUUUGAUUUUCCAUCAGCAAAAGCACACAAAAAUCACACCAUUUUGCACCUCACCAUCACGAUUUCAAAAGCAUAAAAUUACUCACCUUUACCACCUCCAUCUUCACCCCCUUUGUUACACCCUGCUCAUAUUUUCUCUACAUCAAAUGAACAAAAACAAGGAAGACAACAAACACGACCUGCGUCGCUGACAAAGAGGGAGUCGAUGCGACGGCCAUGGAAGCCUGUGACAUACAAAAAUUGAAGAACGAAAGAGGAAUGGCGAAGCACGAGGAUCUUCCGAUCCCNAUUUACGAUAACCUAGAGUUGGUUUAUGGGGGCGGUUCAGCACUCGAAGAAGCUCAGCUUCGUUUNGAUAAUUUGAAGUCCAAAUUCUUCGAAGUCUUCAGUCAUUAUCCUCAAGUCUUCGCUCGAUCACCUGGGAGAGUGAACUUGAUUGGAGAGCACAUUGAUUAUGAGGGUUAUUCGGUGUUGCCUAUGGCUAUUCGGCAAGAUACGAUCGUGGCAAUUCGGAAAAACGAAGCGGAAAAGGUUCUCAGGAUUGGUAACGUGAACGGUGAAAAAUAUUCUGUUUGUACUUAUCCUGCUGAUCCUCUCCAGGAAAUCGACUUGAAGAAUCACAAAUGGGGCCAUUAUUUUAUUUGUGGGUACAAAGGUUUCUAUGACUAUGCAAAACUGAAAGGAGUGGAUGUUGGCGAACCUGUUGGGCUUGAUGUUCUUGUUGAUGGAACAGUGCCAACAGGUUCUGGGCUAUCAAGCUCUGCAGCGUUUGUCUGCUCAUCCACAAUUGCUAUUAUGGCUGCUUUUGAUGUGAACUUCCCAAAGAAAGAACUUGCACAAGUUACAUGUGCUUGUGAACGACAUAUUGGUACACAAUCUGGUGGAAUGGAUCAGGCAAUCUCUGUCAUGGCCAAGACUGGCUUUGCAGAGCUGAUUGAUUUCAACCCAAUUCGUACAACAGAUGUGCAACUUCCUGCUGGUGGAACUUUUGUGAUAGCUCAUUCUCUGGCAGAGUCUCAGAAGGCUGUUACUGCUGCGACAAAUUACAACAAUAGGGUUCUUGAGUGCCGUUUGUCUUCUAUUGUUCUAGCUAUAAAGCUAGGAAUGGAUCCAAAAGAGGCAAUAUCAAAAGUGAGCACACUGUCUGAUGUUGAAGGUUUAUGUGUGACAUUUGCUGGUAUACAUAACUCAUCUGAUCCUGUACUUGCUGUAAAGGAAUAUUUGAAAGAAGAACCAUAUACAGCGGAAGAAAUUGAAGAAGUUGUUGGGGAAAAGCUUACCUCAUUUUUGGGCAACAGUGCAGCUUAUUUAGAAGUCUUAAAAGCUGCAAAGCAAUACAAGUUGCAUCAGAGAGCUGCUCACGUGUAUUCAGAAGCAAAGAGGGUACAUGCUUUCAAGGAUGUCGUAUCCUCAGAUCUAAGCGACGAGGACAAGCUAAAGAGGCUUGGUGACCUUAUGAACGAGAGUCAUCAUAGCUGCAGCGUUUUAUAUGAGUGCAGCUGUCCAGANUUGGAAGAACUUGUAAAUGUUUGUCGUAACAAUGGUGCUCUCGGGGCUAGGCUUACUGGAGCUGGAUGGGGUGGUUGUGCAGUUGCUUUGGUGAAGGAGAACAUAGUUCCACAAUUUAUCCUUAAUUUAAAGGAAUGCUUCUACCAGUCUAGGAUAGACAAGGGCGUUAUUAAGAAGAACGAUCUUGGCCUUUAUUUAUUUGCUUCCAAGCCAUCAAGUGGUGCUGCUAUAUUCAAGUUUUAGUAUAUUUUUAACCCAAUUCCCCUCUAAACCUUGUCCCCUCUAAACAUAUAAACACAGACUGUUUUCGUCUUUAAUGUAUUUUAGUUGACAGAAAACAAUAAAUGAUAUUGCCGAAUGGCUUUGCAGUAAUCUUCUGUAAUUGGUAAAUAAAUGUUUGAUCACGAAAACAGCGUUUACACA